AUGAAGUCGGUCGCAUUCCUCGCCAUCGCUCUCCUCAUCCGAGGAUCUGCGGCUACGCCUACCAAGGACCCCAGCAUCCCGUCCAUGUUGAAGCUCUUGCACGACCCCCGGCGUCCUUACCUCAAGGGGGGUGAAACACCAGCCGAGGGCGCACGCUUCAAAACCGCGAGCGAAGCUGACCUCUAUGCGUUUGAACACAACGCCAUAAGAGUCGGCAAGUGCGACGGCAAAGUCCUGCAGUGCAAGACGACGGUCUGGCAGGCCACUUGUCAACAUGAACGCUCCAUGGUCGACGAGGCGGAAGCGACAAUAAAGAAGGAAUAUUUCGAGAGGUGCGCUGAACAGUCGCGCAAGAUAUGCGCAGAACUGCCCGACACAGUUUCCUCAGCAACGAGGCGGGGCCUGGAACCUGUAGGCGAGGACUGGUAUUUGACGCCCGUCGUCCAAUUUGAUGCGUGUACCGUUGGCAAGUGCUCCAAGCCAGGCAGCGAGUGUGUUGUGAGAGCCAAGGAGACAAAGCACAACUUCAACCGCGCGACUCCGGCGGGAAGGUUUCCAGACGUCUAUUGCUGGUGA